AUGAGAUUUGCCAGCCUAACGACUACCUCAAUAUCAUCUCUCCCAGCAGAUUCGUACAUCUAUAAGAUUGUAAUUGUGAACGGCAAUCUUGCAGCAAUCUCUUCAGACGACUCUCUCCGUCUUCUUGAUCUCCAAACCCUGCGAGAAAUCGCCGGCGGAGUCCUGAACAAUGUGCAUGAUGGCGUGACCUGCUUGCAAGUUGUGGACCAUGAUCCCCAUUCAUUGUUGACAGCAGGCCGGGAUGCUGUGGUGCGGCGAUACGACUUGCGAUCUGGGCAGAAGACCAUGCAAUUUGGCAGUGACAAAAAUGCUCCAUACUUAUCUCUAGCUUCUCACGGCACAAACAUCGCUGCUGGUACAGAGCUAAGUCAUUCUCAAGCUGCCGUACUUCUAUGGGACAUGCGAUCUCCAAACAGACUGCUGCAGAAUUAUAUCGAAAGCCACAACGACGAUGUAACAGAAGUGCAAUUCCAUCCCACUCUGCCAAGAUGUCUCCUCUCCGGUAGCACUGACGGCCUCGUCAACAUUUACGACAUAUCUAUUUCCGACGAAGAUGACGCUCUCGUCCAAGUACAAAACCACGGCAGCUCAAUCAACCAUGCUGGAUUUCUUUCCAACUCGGACUUUUUUGCUCUGAGCCAUGACGAGACAUUCUCUAUGUAUCAUCUCAAUGGGCAAGGAGAUUCGACAGAUGAGCCUUCGCCGACGGUAUUUGGGGAUCUGAGACCAAAGCUGGACUCUGAAUAUGUUGUCGAUGUCAUUCCUCCUGGCAGCGGCGGCGUCGAAGCGAUCGUCGGCGUUGGAUCACACAGCAAGCAACAUCUAGAUCUCAUACCUCUCCGCCUGAUCGACGAAUGGUCAUUUGAUGCCAGCCAAACCAUCCGGCUUCCAGGCGCGCACGGAGAGGAGAUCGUCCGCUCCAUUCAUGUUAACAAUGAGGACGGUACUAUCUUCACCGCGGGCGAGGACGGUUUAGUAAAGGCGUGGCGGACGUCUAUAGGUGGAGGGGGUGAAGAGCAGGAGUAA